GCGGGCUCCAGAUUUAGUAAACAAGGUUUUGAAACAGCUGAGGUGCCGCCGCGACGGCCUGUGCCGUUUCGCCACCAGGGAGUGAGUAGCCGGCACAGCUGAGCGUGACUCACCCCCGCCCGUGCUAUAAGUAGGAGCCGGCAGCGCCGAGCCGCACAGAGCCCCAGGGCAGCAGCAUCGGCAGCGCAGAGACCGACCCGACCCGACCCGACUCCACCGCACCCUUGCCAUGGGGCUUGCACUGCUGGCCCCCCUCGCCACGGCUCUCCUGGCCCUCGGCUGCUGGGCUGGACCGCUGCCCGCCAAGCCCCAGGUCACCAUCACCUUCCCCGGGGAGCUGGUCAGCCAGAAGUCGAACAUGGAGCUGGCCAACGAAUACCUGUCCCGCUUCGGCUACCUCUCGGAGACGAAGAAGAGCGGGCGGCAGGAGUCCACCACCAAGGCGCUGCGGGCCAUGCAGAAGAAGCUGGGCCUGGAAGUGACGGGGGAGCUGGACCAGGCCACAAUGGAGGCCAUGCGGGCGCCACGCUGCGGCGUGCCCGAUGUCGGCUCCUUUCUUACCUUCGAGGGGAAUCUCAAGUGGGACCACACCGACCUCACAUACCGGGUGACGAACUAUUCCCCGGACCUGGACGCCUCGGUGAUCAACGAUGCCUUCAAGCGUGCCUUCAAGGUGUGGAGCGCCGUGACCCCGCUGACCUUCACCCAAGUCUACAGUGGCGAGGCCGACAUCAUGAUCAUGUUCGGCUCCCAGGAGCAUGGCGACGGGUAUCCCUUUGACGGGAAGGACGGGCUCCUGGCCCAUGCCUUCCCCCCGGGCCAGGGCAUCCAGGGAGACGCCCACUUCGACGACGACGAGUUCUGGACGCUGGGAGCGGGGCUAGUGGUGAACACCAGCUUCGGGAACGCCAACGGGGCCGCCUGCCACUUCCCCUUCGUCUUCGAGGGGAAGUCGUACUCGCACUGCACGGCGGAGGGGCGCGCCGACGGGCUGCCCUGGUGUUCCACCACCCCCAGCUUCGACCAAGACAAGCUCUACGGCUUCUGCCCCAGCGAGCUGCUCUACACCUACGGCGGGAACAGCGAUGGGGCCAAGUGUGUCUUCCCCUUCGUCUUCGAUGGCACGUCCUACAACACCUGCACUACGGACGGGCGCUCCGACGGCUACCGCUGGUGUGCUACCACUGCCAACUUCGACCAGGACAAGAAAUACGGCUUCUGCCCCAAUAGAGACACGGCGGUGAUCGGCGGAAACUCCCAGGGGGAACCGUGCGCCUUCCCCUUCACCUUCCUGGGCCAGACGUACAGCUCCUGCACCAGCGAGGGCCGGGAGGACGGGCGGCUCUGGUGCGCCACCACCAGCAACUACGACGUGGACCGCAAGUGGGGCUUGUGCCCAGACAGAGGGUACAGCAUCUUCCUGGUGGCAGCCCACGAGUUCGGGCACUCCCUGGGCCUGGACCACACGAGCGUCCGCGAGGCGCUGAUGUACCCCAUGUACAGCUACAUCGAGGACUUCCAGCUGCACCAGGACGACAUCGAUGGCAUCCAGUUCCUCUAUGGCCGGGGCUCUGGUCCCAAACCCACCCCGCCAGGGCCGGUGCCGCCCACCCAGACGCCGGACGUCCCUGACCAGACCACACUGGCCACGACCACGGAGGACGGUGGCUUCCAGCCCACCGAGCCCAGCCCUGUGGACCCCGGCAGUGACGCCUGCCGCGUGCAGGCCUUCGACGCCAUCACCGAGAUCAAUGGCAUGAUGCACUUCUUCAAGAGCGGGAAAUACUGGAGGACCUCGCUGUCCCUGAAGGGCAAGAUCCAGGGGCCCUUCCCCAUCGCAGAGACUUGGCCGGCCCUGCCCGCCACCCUGGACGCCGCCUUCCAGGACGUGCUCACCAAGAAGAUUUUCUUCUUUGCGGGCCAGCGGUUCUGGGUGUACACGGGCAAGAGCGUGCUGGGCCCCCGUGGGCUGGAGAAGCUGGGCCUGGCACCGGCACCGGCACACCUCACCGGAGCCCUGCAGCGGGGCCGUGGCAAGGUGCUGCUCUUCAGCGGGGAGCGCUUCUGGAGGCUGGACGUGAAGGUGCAGCGGGUGGACCGCGGCUACCCGCGCCAAACUGAGGAAACCUUUGGUGGCGUCCCUAUUGAUGCCCGCAACGUCUUCCUGUACCGAGGCAAGUACCACUUCUGCCAGGACCGCUUCUGCUGGAGGGUGACACCACGCUACCAGGUGGACCGCGUGGGCUACCUGAAGUACGACGUCCUGCACUGCCCUGAGCAGUAGGCCCCCAGCCACCCCUGUCCCUGCCCCUGCCCCUGCCCCUCACCGCGGGGAGGCAGAGGAGCUGGCUCCGGGUCCUUGCCCGUCACCCAGCCCUCGGCGGGGUGGGGAGGCAGGUCCCGGUGCUGCAGGCAGCUGCUCCAUGCGCUCCCCUGGCAGCGCCAGGGUCAUUCAGGCAGCGCCUCCCUGCUGGCGCAGCCCCCGCCCACCUGCUCCAGCCCUGGGAGCCCCCGUGGGCGGGGAGCCGGACUCCAGCCGUUGCCCAGCGCUGGCGGGUCCCGCUGGCGCCCUGCCCUGCUGUGCAGGGUAUUUGCCUGGUGCAAAUUGCACGUAUCCUUGUAAACUAUUGUGCCCACCUGCUCCCGGAGCCGUCCCAGGAAGGCCCGUGCCUGGGACCUGACUGGGACCCGGUGCCCGGCACUGGGCCAGGCCGCAGCCAGCAGCUUCGGUAGGUGCGUGGAGCGGGGGCUCCGUGUCGUGCUCCCGCCUGCUGCCGCCUCUGUCAUUUUUGUAUCUUGCACAGUUUUAAUAAACAGAAUCCUUUGGAAACA